CGGUGGCACCUUACAGACUAGCAGACUUAUUUGGGCAUAAGCUUUUGUGAGUAAAAACCCCCACUUCUGAUGCAUCUGAAGAAAUGGGUGUUUUACCCAUGAAAGCUUAUGAACAAGAAAGAUGACAGAUACUUCCCUGUGAGGGGAGUGGAAAGAGUAGGGACUGUUUAGUUUAGUGAAGAGGCUUCAGAUAGGACAUGAGAGGACUAAAUUAGAAGAAUCGUCCCUUUUGCUUUAUAAGUGACAUCUAUUCAAUCAGGUGUUGUCUUCCAAGAAAUAAUACAGUUGGUCAGUUGCUUCUUGUAGACAUUGACAUUUAUUUAUAGAAAGGUUUUCUGAAGACUUGUGUCAAAUGACGUCAAUGGCCAGUUUGUUCUCUUUUACUAGCCCAGCUGUAAAGCGUUUAUUGGGCUGGAAACAAGGAGAUGAAGAGGAAAAAUGGGCGGAAAAGGCAGUUGAUGCUUUGGUAAAAAAGUUGAAAAAGAAAAAGGGUGCUAUGGAAGAAUUAGAAAAAGCCUUGAGCAGUCCCGGACAACCCAGCAAGUGUGUUACUAUUCCUCGUUCUUUAGAUGGGAGACUUCAAGUUUCUCACAGAAAAGGCCUGCCCCAUGUUAUAUACUGUCGUGUCUGGCGUUGGCCUGAUCUUCAGAGUCAUCAUGAGUUGAAGCCAUUGGAUAUUUGUGAAUUUCCUUUUGGAUCUAAACAGAAGGAAGUUUGUAUUAAUCCUUACCACUACAAAAGGGUGGAGAGCCCAGUUCUACCUCCAGUGUUAGUGCCUAGACAUAGUGAAUUCAAUCCACAGCACAGCCUUCUAGUUCAGUUCAGGAACCUAAGCCACAAUGAACCGCACAUGCCACAAAAUGCUACGUUUCCAGAUUCUUUCCAGCAACCCAACAGCACUCCGUUUUCCAUUUCACCAAACAGCCCCUACCCACCUUCUCCAGUGAGCAGCACUUACCCGAGUUCCCCUGCCAGUUCUGGACCAUCUAGUCCAUUUCAGCUACCAGCUGAUACUCCACCUCCUGCAUAUAUGCCUCCUGAAGAUCAGAUGGGGCAGGAUAAUUCACAGUCUAUGGACACAAGCAACACUAUGAUUUCUCAAAUUAUGCCAAAUAUAUCCAGCAGAGAUGUUCAACCUGUUGCUUAUGAAGAGCCCAAGCACUGGUGUUCAAUUGUGUACUAUGAAUUAAACAAUCGCGUUGGAGAGGCUUUUCACGCAUCUUCCACCAGUGUCUUAGUGGAUGGAUUUACAGAUCCUUCUAACAAUAAAAACAGGUUCUGCUUAGGUUUGCUGUCCAAUGUUAAUCGCAACUCAACUAUUGAGAACACUAGGCGACAUAUUGGAAAAGGAGUUCAUCUCUACUAUGUUGGUGGGGAAGUCUAUGCUGAGUGCUUAAGUGACAGCAGCAUAUUUGUACAGAGCAGGAACUGCAACUACCAUCAUGGCUUUCACCCUACAACUGUGUGCAAGAUUCCCAGUGGCUGCAGCCUUAAAAUUUUUAACAAUCAGGAGUUUGCUCAGCUUUUAGCUCAGUCUGUCAACCAUGGAUUUGAGGCAGUGUAUGAGCUCACCAAAAUGUGCACCAUUCGAAUGAGUUUUGUAAAGGGUUGGGGAGCGGAAUAUCACCGGCAAGAUGUCACAAGCACCCCAUGCUGGAUAGAAAUUCAUCUUCAUGGGCCCCUUCAGUGGCUGGAUAAAGUACUUACACAAAUGGGCUCACCACUUAAUCCCAUCUCUUCAGUUUCAUAGUGCUUCAGUAUUACCUUCAACUCUACCUUUAGUGAACUUAUUUUAAUUCUUCCAGUGUGGAUACUGUGAGCUAGAUGGAGAACAGAUAUGGUUUAACUUUUUACCCCCUUUGUGACCAAUUCCAUUACAUAUUGUUGAUUUAUUUUUACAUUUCAAUUUGCUCUUGUGAUACUAAAGUGACAAUUUAGCCCUAUUGGGGAAAGUGGGGUGCGAAGUCUCUUGAAAAAUUUGCAACACUUUUCCCCCCUCUUCAUAUGAAACUUAAACAGGUAUAUGUCUAACUGGAACAUAUUUUCUUCACUGUCACAUAGGGACAAGAAUUUUGAAGACAGAUUUUAGGAGUAAAUACAUAUCAUAGAUUUUUAGUGUUAAUAGAACUGUACAUGUGCAGCUCCAGAUUUCAAUCAUUAUUUUAUAUGUAGCUGUGUAACAUCUUAUGGAAGACUUCUGUCAUAAACAAAGUUAGCCUUUAUUACAGCAAAGUUUGCCUCAAUUUGAACAAUGUGAUUUAAGUGUACACCUCUUGAAAUACCUUUUUUUUUUUUUU